AUGUCCACUGGGAAAGUAGCUGCAGCUGUCGGGCUGGGAGUAGGCGCAGUGCUUAUCAUACAAGGAGGACACCCAGUGGACUCAGCCGACAACGCGCACCCGAUAUGGAGGGAAACGGGGCUGCUCGGUGCUCCAGCGCGGAUUAUGGUCUGCAUCGUCGCCGGAGUGUCCCUCCUCGCCAUGGUCUGGCUGUACAGGCUUCUCUUCUGCCCCCUGGAGCUGUUCAGGAAGCUGGAAGAUGUGGGGUACAUCGCCGAGGACGGUCGCUCCAGAGCCCAAGCGGCAAACGAGGUCCGCCGCAGGAGGAAGAUUGGAGAGCUGCCUCCGAUCUAUCCGAACGGCUGGUACCGAGUCCUGGACUCACACAUGCUGGAGAGGGGCGAGGUCAAAAACGUCUCUGUUUUAGGUGAGCAGGUGGCAGUGUUUCGAGGCCAGGAUGGGAAGGCCUAUGUACUGGAUGCCUACUGCCCUCACCUGGGUGCCAACCUGGCUGUGGGCGGACGGGUGGUGGGAAGCUGCAUAGAGUGCCCAUUUCACGGAUGGCAGUUUCGUGGGAACGAUGGCAAGUGUGUGAGGAUUCCUUAUGCAGAAAAAGUGCCAGAGUUUGCCAGGGUUCGCUGCUGGCUCAGCUGCGAGGUCAACGGCCAGAUCCUGGUUUGGUUUCACUGUGAUGGGGACGAACCUCAGUGGACAGUCCCAGAGCAGCAGGAGAUUACAAAGGGAGAGUGGGUCUAUCGGGGGAGAACUGAACAUUUUAUUAACGCUCACAUAGAGGAGAUUCCUGAAAAUGCAGCAGACAUCGCUCACCUCGCUCAUCUUCACACCCCGGGUAUCGUCAGCGGCGUAGAUCUACGCUACACCAACAGCAAAAUCUGGGAGUUUUUGCGACAUGACUGGAAGGUUCAGUGGGAACCAGAGUCAGAGCCCAACAAGCAUUGUUCUCGGAUGUUGGUGAAACACGCUCUCACUGUGUUUGGACACCACUGGCCUCUGCUGGAUGUUCAAGUUGUGGCCAGACAGGUGGGUCCAGGUGUGGUGUUUCUGCUGUUCAACCACAGUUUCCUGGGCCGGGGUGUGAUCAUGCACUGUGUGACUCCGGUGGAGCCUCUGCUGCAGUGCGUCUCCCACACCAUCUUCUAUCAGGCUAACAUCCCACCUCUGGUGCCCAAAUUCAUCCUCAAAGCAGAGUGCAUUCAGUUUGAGCGGGAUGUGAUGAUCUGGAACAAUAAGAAGUACAUCUCCAAGCCUCUUCUCGUGAAGGAAGAUUCAGCCAUCCAGAAGCACAGGCGCUGGUUCAGUCAGUUCUACAGCGAGAACAGCCCGCGGCUGCAAUACCAGCGCAACACUUUAGACUUUUGACCUCUCCGAAC